AUGAACACUAACGUUGACGUUACUUCAGAAACUGCAGCUCCAUUUGAUAACUGGAUGCUCCUGCAAGAUACUAAGCCACAAUUAGAUGGUGAAGAUAGUUGGUCUGCUUCAUCCGCUUCUUCAUCAACUUGGUUUGAACCAUUAGAGACACUUUUAUCUUCUGCUUCAUCUCCUUCUACUGAUGAUCAAUUCAGUCCGUAUUCUGCAUCAAGUAUGCCUGUUCUUAUUAAACAAGAAACAAUGGACGAUGAAGAUGAUAAUGUUUUAUUAUCUUCAGCUAGUGGUAUUCCAGCUACAACCCCUACCGCUACCACUACCGCUACAACUUUAUCAAAACCGAUAAAGAAAGGUAGAACAACAAGAAAAAGAUUAACAGCUUAUCAAAAACAAGCACAUAAUAAAAUUGAAAAAAGAUAUAGAAUUAAUAUUAAUACUAAAAUUGCCAGAUUACAACAAAUUAUUCCUUGGGUGGCAACUGAACAAACUUCUUUUGAAGUCUCAGGAAAUGGUACUAAUAAAAAUAACUCAUCAACAACAAAUGCUCCAUCAACUAAAUUAAAUAAAAGCAUGAUCUUAGAGAAAGCAGUUGAUUAUAUUUUAUAUUUACAAAAUAAUGAACGUCUACAUGAUAUGGAAGUUAUGAGUUUAAGAAAUGAAUUAGAAACUCUAAAAGCUGCUAAAAAUUAA